UAAUUCACGCUGUUAUAAAUUACACAUGGUGUAUGUGCAUUGAAACAAAAAACCUAGACUGUCAAAAUAACUGUAAAAAAUAAUAGUUUUAGUGAUUUUUAUAAAGAUAAAAUAGUAGUUAAUAAUUAAAUUAGUUUGAGUUUGGUUCUGCAUCGAAAACUGUAAUGUUAUAUUCAAUGUGGGCUUCGAAUGUUUUGAAUUUCAGUCAUAUAUUUCCAUUGAGGCUUUAGGAUUAGUCCAUGCAGCCAGAAACGAAAUUUCAGGAAAACUACAUCGCAAUAUGUACCAUCGACCUUCAAAAGGAUAUUUUGUACUUCUUGUAGUAGUGAUUUUGCUGUACUACACUCUUUAUUAUAAUGAAGAAAAAAAUACCUAUAUUCUGCAAAAAGAGCAGGUUGACUCUCCGAUCAAGCAAGAAAUAUCAUACUUAAUCAACACCUCCCAAUGUAGAAUUCCAAAAAGCAAUCCAUACAGCGAAGAUAUUAUCAACUUUAUUUCUACAGAAAAGUACUUUAAAUGUUCAGAUAAAGCUUUGCUAUCAUACAUUAGCAAAACGAACGAUGUUGUUACUCUACAUUUCAACCACAGCGCACAACGAGAAUACAGUUUUUUCAACAUAAAAUGCUGCUAUUCAAAUAUUACUCGAAUUAAUUACGAAACAGAGGUGGAUGACGAAAUCAAACUGACCGAUUGUAUUCCCUUCGAAGACUCAGUAGAAAUAAAGUUUUCGUACGUAAAAGUCAAAUGUUCAACAUUUUUUAGUAACGUAUACAGCAAUGUCCACGCUACCACUUUGCCAGUGUCUAAAAAAUCUAAGAAGCCUGGCGAGAAACCAGUAUUCAGUAUUAUGUUGCUCGGAAUAGACAGCAUGUCAAAAUCUAAUAUAGAACGCACUAUGCCAGAAACCUACAAAUGGGCCGAGCAAAACAUGGUUAGUCUUAAGGGUUACAACAAGGUCGGCGACAACACUUUUCCUAAUUUGAUGGCAAUUCUCACUGGAUAUAACAUGGAUCAGUUAUCAACUUUUUGUAACCGAACCAUUAAAUUAAACCAUUGUAGGUUUAUCUGGGACAAAUUUAAAGAAUCUCAAUACAUGACAGCAUAUGCAGAAGACGAAUGCAAAAUUAACACGUACCACUUUGACCGUCCAGGAUUUUUAGAAGAACCAACUGAUUAUUAUUAUCGUCCUUAUUUUUUAGCAGCAGAGGAUUUGAGUGUUGUAAUGAGAGAAGAUAUGACCUACUGUACCGGUCCAGAAACUUCUGGAGAAAGGAUACUAAAUUCAGCUAAAGACUUUGCUGUUACAUUUAAGGACGUUCCAUCGUUUGGAUUAUUUUGGAGUAACAGUUACAGCCACGAUAGUAUUAAUAUGCCCAGGGUUAUGGAUAAACCACUGCUACAGUUGUUGUCUGAUACUGAAUUCAACAAUGCUUUAAAUAAUACUGUUUUAAUAUUUUUUAGUGAUCAUGGUUUCAGAUUUGGUGAUGUUAGAUUUACUCAUACCGGAUGGGUAGAAGAACGGCUUCCUUUUAUAUAUUUUAGAUUUCCAGAUCAUUUCAAACGGACAUACGCAGAAGAAUACAAUAAUUUAAUAACCAACACUAAUCGGUUAACCUCACCCUAUGAUGUCCACAAUACACUACAAUACAUAUUGAACAUCUCCAAUAAUUCUUACGUACCAUUGUGGAGUGAGGGAUGUCAAAGAUGCCAGACUUUGUUCACUGAAAUUCCUGAAAACAGGACAUGUAAAGAUGCUGGAAUUAGUCAGCAUUGGUGUACUUGCAAUGGACAUACAUACAUUAAACCAACUCAUCCCAAAGUAACGGAAGUCUCCAAAUUUGUUGUAAACCAAAUUAAUAACAUUCUACACACAACCGAUGGUGGUUCAUUAUGCGCAGAUUAUACUUUAUCUAAAGUAAUUACUUCGGGGGUAUCUGAACCGUAUUGGAACGAAGGUCACAAACACGUCCAUUACUUUUUAGUGAUGCUGGAAACAAGUCCUAAGGCUAGUUUUGAAGCUACCGUUGAAGCUGCAUACGACGGAGUAGAUAAGAGUUUUAAGCUCUUAGGUGAUAUUAGUAGAAUAGAUAGAUAUGAACCUGUUACAGGAUGUAUUAAAAAUGAUGGCUAUUUAAAAAAAUUCUGCUACUGCAAUGGAUACAAAUUUACAAAAAUGUUUCGUAUAUUUAGGUAGCACUCAAUUAUACUUAUGUAGGAUUUAAA